AUGACUUCUUCCACCGCCCACGACGCAGCCUUUUUGGCGCAGUCCCGAGUAUCUGAAGUGCUCGCCGGAUAUAUCACUCCCAUCCCACUCGAGCUGUUGACUACUGGGCUGCGAAUCUAUGUCAAGAUUAGACCGUCGUCGAAGGACCGCUGGGCUUUCGACGACUAUCUCAUAGUUUGGGCAACAGCUAUGGGAAUUGCUGUGUGCAUCAGCGGUCUCGUUUAUGGACCUCCUUACGGAUUUGGAAGGCAUAUUGAGGCGGUCCCAAAGCAACAUUUAAAGAUAUUCAUGAUGGGUGACUACGUCUUUAGCCAUUUCUACAAUGCGGCCAUCGUUGGCACGAAGCUCUCGGUCCUCUCACUAUACUAUCGAAUAUUCAUUACACCCAGCUUCCGUUUGACCGUCAUCUUCACGGCUGUCUUUAAAUGGCUUUGGUUCUGCGCUAUGGAAAUCUCGCUUGGUCUGGAAUGCCGCCCUAUCCAAGCUUUCUGGGACGCUAGCGUGAAUGGAAAAAUGUAA